GUUCAUCUUCCUGCUGGUAAAAGAACGGCUGUGAUUGAUACCAUCAUGGGGUAGCUUUGAGUGCAAUCUAUGACCCCACUUUGCUAGACCCAACUUACCAUCUCCAAGACACCCUCUUUUUCCUCCUCAAAAUGGGUUCAAAGUUCAAACUCUCACAGGCCUUCAUUUCAGCUUAGUAACUCUCCCUCGGUCGCUCUGGUGCAGCCCCAAGCCCCUUGUGAAAGUAGAUUGGUGAUGAGGUGAGUGGAGAUAAGGGGGAAGUUAUGGAAGUGGAAAAGAUGUUGAGCACACCACCAAACGGCAGGAUCCGGCAAUCUUAUUCACUGUUAAAUGGGACUCCAGAUCUUGGCUCAAAUAGCACGCCGGCAAGUACUGCAGGUUCAGAAUAUGGUGCCAUUGAGUUCACAAGAGAGGAUGUUGAGGCCUUGUUGACUGAGAAAAUGAGAUGCAAAAGCAAAUUUAACUACAAGGAGAGAUGUGAGAAUAUGUCAGACUACAUAAGGAGGCUAAGGCUGUGCAUUAAAUGGUUCCUAGAACUUGAGACAGAGUAUGCAUACGAACAUGAGAAGUUAAGGAAUGCUUUGGAAUUGACUGAGAGGAGAUGUGAUGAAAUUGAGAUGACAUUGAGAAACAAGGACGAAGAAUUGAAUUUGGUAAUUUCGGAAUUAAGAAAGAGUUUGGUUUCUGUACAGGAGAAACUCGGAAAAGAAGAAUCAGAGAAGUUGGCUGCAAUGGAUGCUCUUGCAAAAGAGAAAGAAGCUAGAAUUAGUAUUGAGAAGACACAAGCGUCUCUUUCAGAAGAGCUUGGUAAAAUUCAAGGGGAGCUUGAUGGUGCCAAUCAAAGGAUAGCAUCAGUUAAUGAUAUGUACAAGCUAUUACAAGAAUACAACUCAAGCUUACAGUUUUACAAUAGUAAACUCCAAGCAGAUCUUGAUAUAGUUAAUGAGGCAAUUAAGCAGGGAGAGAAAGAGAAGGCAUCCAUGAUUGAGAAUCUUGGCAACUUAAGGGGUCAAUGUGCAUCAUUGCAAGAACAACUUACUUUGUCUAAAGCUUCUCAAGAUGAGGCUAUGAAGCAAAAAGAUGCUUUGGUGAAUGAGGUUGCAUCUCUUAGGAUUGAGCUGCAACAAGUCAAAGAUGAUCGUGACCAACAGCAGCAGGAAAAACAGCAUUUAAUUGCUGAGAUAGCUAAAACUAAAGAAUUAGCUAACACCUCAAAUGAUUUAGAGGCAAAAUGUUUGUCACAAAAGAACCAAAUACAGAUACUGCAUGAUCAACUAGCAGUUGCAGAGAGGAAAUUGCAGGUGUCUGAUAUAUCUGCUCUUGAGAAUAGAGCUGAAUUUGAAGCACAAAAGAAGCUCAUAAGUGAGUUACAAGAAUGCCUAGAUGAUGCAGAAUUUAAACUUAUAGAAGGGGAGAAAUUGCGUAAAAAGCUGCAUAAUACCAUCUUGGAAUUGAAAGGGAACAUCCGUGUGUUUUGUAGAGUGCGGCCUUUUCUGUCUGAUGAUAGUUCCAGCAAUCAGUGGAAAGUUUUAUCCUAUCCCUCAUCAGUGGAAUCUCUAGGACGGGCCAUUGAUUUGACACAAAAUGGUCAGAGACAUUCUUUCACUUUUGACAAGGUAUUCAUGCCUGAAGAAUCACAAGAGGAUGUGUUUGUAGAAAUUUCUCAACUUGUUCAGAGUGCCCUUGAUGGUUAUAAGGUUUGCAUUUUUGCUUAUGGGCAAACUGGCUCUGGUAAAACCUAUACCAUGAUGGGCAGACCAGGACAGAGAGAAGAAAAGGGGCUGAUACCUCGGUCACUGGAACAGAUAUUCCAAACCAAGCAAGCUCUUCAACCUCAAGGUUGGAAAUAUGAAAUGCAGGUGUCGAUGUUAGAAAUAUACAAUGAAAACAUCCGUGAUUUAUUGUCAACAAACCAAGACGCAUCACGAACAGAAAAUGGUUCUGCUGGAAAGCAGUAUGCAAUUAAACAUGAUGCAAAUGGGAACACACAUGUUUCCGAUCUUACCAUUGUGGAUGUUCAAAGUACUAGAGAGGUUUCAUAUCUUUUAGAUCGAGCUGCACGUAGCAGAUCAGUAGGCAAGACCCAGAUAAAUGAGCAAUCAUCAAGAAGUCAUUUUGUUUUCACAAUGCGAAUAUCCGGUAUUAAUGAGACCACUGACCAACAAGUUCAAGGUGUCUUGAAUCUAAUUGAUCUUGCUGGGAGCGAGCGUCUUUCAAAGAGUGGCUCAACUGGCGACCGCUUAAAAGAAACUCAAGCAAUCAAUAGAAGUUUAUCAUCUUUAGCCGAUGUUAUAUUUGCCUUGGCAAGGAAGGAGGAUCACGUGCCAUUCAGGAACUCCAAGCUCACCUAUCUUCUUCAGCCAUGUUUAGGAGGGGACUCGAAGACUUUGAUGUUUGUAAAUAUUUCCCCUGAAUUUUCCUCAGUGGGAGAGUCCCUGUGCUCGCUGCGAUUUGCAGCCAGGGUAAAUGCUUGUGAGAUAGGAACUCCACGACGUCAAUCCAACAUCCGGGCAGAAUCUGGCCGCUUUAGCUAUGGCUGAUCUUCGAUAAAGAAGGAAAUAUUUUCCUUCCUUCCAUCACUAAGUUAUCUGUCUCUACAUUCACCAAGUCACCCUAACAUAGUAACAUGAGCUGUUUGUUAUAAUCUGUAUAGUAGUCAUUGUAUCUGUAACAUUAAAAGUUAGAGAUCUUCAUAGUAUUUAGGUUUGUAUUCUUUGGCUGAGAGCCUGAGACUGAAUUCCUUCACCCUUCCAUUACAAAUUCACUUCAUUGUUGAAUCAUUACAUUUCUGCU